AUGACCUUGAGGCUUUGCUGUGCCUGCAUUUUUAUCCUCCUCCUUCCUGGCCUCUCAGAUGGAGGAAAACUCCUGGUGGUGCCCAUGGCAGGAAGCCACUGGCUUAGCAUGCAGAAAGUGGUUGAAAAGCUCUCCGAGAGAGGACACGAGGUGGUGGUGCUUAUGCCAGAAGUAAGCUGGCAGAUGAAAACGACCCAGGCCUACACUGUGAAAAUAUACCCAGUGUCUCAGACACUAGAAGAACUGGACAAUGGCUUUCGAGAGUACCUUGCCAGUCACCUGAAGGAUCUGCCAUUCCCAGUGAAUGUUCUAGCAAUAUUCAACAGCUCCCUGCAUCUUUUCAGUAAGUUCUUUACUCAGUGCAGGGACCUCUUCAGCAGCAAGGAGACCCUGCAGUACUUGAAUCAAAGCAACUUCGAUGCUGUCCUAACAGACCCCUUUUUUAUGUGUGGAGCAAUAGUGGCUAAUUAUCUCUCUCUCCCAUAUGUGUUCUUCAUGAGAGGAUUUCCUUGCAACUUACACUAUGAAGCUCCACAGUGCCCAAGCCCUCUCUCCUACAUCCCAAGGCUCUUUUCCUUCAACUCAGACCACAUGACAUUUUUACAGAGAGUCGAAAAUGCACUGAUUGCCCUCCUGGAACUUGACUACUGUAACCAUUACUUCAAAGAUGCAGUAAAGCUUUCCUCUGAAGUUCUUCAGAGAGAUGUAUCCCUGAUGGACCUCCUGAACUCUGCUUCCAUUUGGCUUCUGAGAUUUGACUUUGUGUUUGACUAUGUGAGGCCAUUGAUGCCCAAUAUGGUGUUUGUUGGAGGUAUAAACUGUGUUCAGAAGAAACCACUGUCUAAGAGCCUUGACUUCAGGAGGACAGAAUUUGACUUGCUGAGGAAAUUGGUUGACAGAGGGGCUUGGGAAGUAGUCCUGAAGGGCAAAGGAGUUCAUGAAGGCUGGACUUUGUUCAAGAAGGAUGGCUUAAAGGCACAGGAGCAGGCCAUCCACAGGUGCCAAAAUUUAGCAGGCAGGAGAGAAGGGCAGCCUGGCUGA